AUGGGUUUGAGAAGGAGUCGUUUGUCUGUGAAGUCCCUGUGGUCAGUCCCUGUGGUCAGUCCCUGUGGUCAGCCCUUGUGGUCAGCCCCUGUGGUCAGCCCCUGUGGUCAGCCCUUGUGGUCAGUCCCUGUGGUCAGUCCCUGUGGUCAGCCCCUGUGGUCAGCCCUUGUGGUCAGUCCCUGUGGUCAGUCCCUGUGGUCAGUCCCUGUGGUCAGCCCUUGUGCUCAGUCCCUGUGGUCAGUCCCUGUGGUCAGUCCCUGUGGUCAGCCCUUGUGGUCAGUCCCUGUGGUCAGUCCCUGUGGUCAGCCCUUGUGGUCAGUCCCUGUGGUCAGCCCUUGUGCGACGCCUCUGGACCCGUGCUUCUACAUUCCGCCUCCAGCACCAUCACACAAGCUGUCAAAUUAA